AUGAAGCGGAACGGGAGUGAGCAGAGAACCCUCACGGUAGCCAUUUUUCUCCGCUACCUGUUUUGGCCCCACGAGGCGUCAAGUUGCGUCCCGAUCGGCGAGACUGGCCUUCGGAGCUGCAAGCCUUACUGCAGGACGGAAGUGUUGACAUUACCAUUGGAUCGUGUUAUUGGAUCCACGUUCCACAGCUCUCAUCAUCGAGGUCAUAAGGCCUCUUUUUCGGAGAUCGCUACGGGACGAACUUUCGCCUAUGAUGGAGAUAGCCAUUUGGCGUGCUUGCGUGCUCCAACUCGAGAGCGAUCUCAUGCCUGCGGCCCCAAUGUUGACGAUGAGGCCCGGGUCCAGACAGUGCUCAUGCAUGCAUCUCAACUCAAAUCGAUCCCGUUUUGGCUGAAGGCUGAUCAUAAGAAGCUUGAGUAUGUAUCGUUAGAAGGUGAGGGUGAGGGUGAGGAGGAGGGAUGUAUCCUCUCCGGGAUGGAGCUGCUUGGUCUCAGCGCGCAGACCACUCCAUCGGCUGGCUAA